CAUGUGAUUGCCGGUACAAUACCGAUUGGUUGACAGUAAAGGUAGUCACGAACUACAGUGAUAUUUAAUCUAGAUAUUUGCUAACUUAUUCAUACCAGUAAGCAAACUAGUUUCACGCUGUCAAAAGAAUGGAAAUUACACAAUUUACUUUUGCGCAGUUUGUGUUAGCUGUUACGGCUAUCCACUAUUCCUUGGCUUAUAAUUCGGAAUGCGAAUGCUCCAAAAUUCCAUUGGAAGAACGGUUGUUAGAGAAAAUGGUGAGAAUAGAAUUCAGUUUAGAACAGAUGGAGAAACAAUUAUAUAAAACACAAGACAGUGUUUCACGCCUCGAAGAAGAGCAGAACCGAAGGUCCGAAGGAUUUCCUGAUACCAUUUUGGCGAAAAUAGAAAACGUCUCGGCAAAAAUGGAAAACUUCUCGGUGACAAUGGAAAACAAGACCGCCGAACUCGCUAUACUUGAAGAGAGAGUCCGGGUUCCACUGGUAGCAUUUAGCGCAUACAACCCCGAUGAUAAAAGCCCAAGUGUAAAUCAAGUCCUUGUAUUCAAAGUCAACCCGCUUAACGAAGGGACCGGAUAUAAUCCAAAAACAGGCGUGUUUACCGCACCAGUGAAAGGCCUAUACCAAUUUAGUGCUCACAUGUGUACCCAUCCUGAUAACUAUAUUGUAUAUGCUAUUGUCCGAGAUGAUGAAAUCGUAGCCUUGAGUACACAAUGGGACAGUUCAGGCGGUUGUAGCUCAGUGAACGCGCUUGCUACGAUUAAUGCAGGACAGGGUGUUAAAGUCAAGUGCAUCCUUACUUCGGGCUCAGUUCAAAUUUUUGAAAACCAGCACAGGCGAAAUUCCUUCAGUGGAGUUCUUCUGCAUAAACAAUAAACAAUUUUGACAAUAGAAUU